CUUCUGACUUCCUCUGUGAUGGUCAGUGCGGCCACACGCACAGAGAUCCAGUAUUCAUAAAGGGGAACUGUUUAAAAUAACACUCUUUAUUGUUCUUAGCCGAUGUGAUCUCCAUUGAGGUGUUGGAAACCGAAUAGGACAAAGGUGAUUGAGAGUCAUGUGGGAAGAAUGAUGAAAUCGUGUUGAUUGUUCGUAGACAAAGUGAAAAUGCCGCUGGUCAUUCCCACUGAGGGUGUAUUACAUCAGCAGUCAUUCACAGGUAAGACCAAACACACACACACACACGCACGCACGCACGCACAUGCAGAGGUUGGGUUUUCACCACUUCAGGCAGAUAUAAAUACAGCGACAGCAGGCUGGGCUAAUACAGACACCUCAGCACAGUCUUCUCAUCUCACGCUUAAUAAGUCUGCUCACGGUUUAGAGUUUGGAUCAAGACUAAUCUGCACGGUAAGCUCUUUUACACUUCAGUUUAUUUUCAUUUUUUCUCCAACACUAGACGUACUUAUUCCACUAAGAUACACCUUUUGUUAAAGAGUUUGUUUAGAUCAAUAAUUUUAAUAGAGUGAGAUUGAUGUAGCUGGUAUUUAAACUCUAAGGCUGGUUUUUGUUUCUAUAAUUAACAGAUUUCUUUGUAAUCCUAUGUGACAAUAACCUUCUGUGCUUACAUCUAGAUCUAGUUCACCAUGUCACAGCUUGGUAAAAAACAAAUGAUUAAAAAAAUCAAACAAACAAAAAAAUGUAGGAGGAACAAAUUGGCUCAAGAAGAUAUCAAGGCAAGGUGGUGACGAACAUCCGCUGUUCUAAAUUAUCGGAUUUCCCCUCUGGGUAUAAUUCAGUGCUUAUCUUAUCUUGACAGAACAGUACAGACACUGCACUCUAACCUCAUAAAAGUUAAUGAAACCUGAUAAUAGCUGAAUAUUUCAUUUUAAUUCAAACUUAAGUUGUAUUUUUAGAAUGAGCACAAAAUAUUAACGCAACAAUUUGUCCUGACUUGAGUGAAACAAUCAUCGUAUAGCUGGUAUCAAAUCUUGAUCAUUAAAUAAAACAAAAUUAUAGGGUGCUCUUAAAGUUGUUCUUUGCAGUUCAACUCGAGUUGUCACAACUAAAUGAUUAAUCAUGGUUGACAUUGAAGCUGAGCUUUAACUUUUAAGGACAUUUUUACAUGUUUUAUGUAUAAGGCAUCUUUUUGCAUGAUUGCAUCACUUACUGUGCUCAAAGUAUUGAGUUAGAUUUCAUGUGGUAUCAUCUCACAUCACAUUGUAAGGUAACGUAACAUAAUGGAAUGUAAUAUGACGUAACUCAAUGUAUCAUAACUUUAUGUAACUUUACACAAUGUGAUAUAAUGUAACAUAUUGUAUCAUAGCUUAACAUUUGUUUUAAUUAAAUAAGAUAUAUCAAUGCUUAAUUUCAUCACUGAAUCAUGGGAUUACUGAUAAUGUUGACAAAGUAGUAAGUUAGUUUUCAUGUGGUAUCAUAUCACAUUGCAUUGUAAAGUAAUGUAGCAUAAUGUAACAACAUGACAUAAUGUCACUUAAUGUAAAUUAAUAUAAGGUAAUUUCCUGUAACAUAGCUUGAUGUUACUUAUCUUAACUUGAAGUAACUUUACAUAACUUUACGUAACUUUACGCAAUGUAACAUUAUGUAGCAAAACAUUUGUAUUAAUUAAACAAGGUAUAUCAAUGCAUAGUUUUAUCAUGAGAUAGCUGUUAAUCACUAAGUUAGACUUCAUGUGGUAUCAUAUCACAUCUCAUUGUAAAGUAUCCUGGCGUAACGAAACGUAAAAACAUAAUAUUGUGUCACUUAAUGUAACUUAAUAUAAAGUAAUUUACCAUAACAUCACUUGAUGUGAUUUAUCCUAACUUAAUGUUACUUAAUGUAACUUUAUGUAACCUAACGUACCAUAACAAAACAUUUGUAUUAAUUAAAAAGGAUAUAUUAAUGCAUAAUUUCAUUGUGAGAUAGCUGUUAAUGUUGACAAAGCACUAAGUUAGAUUUCAUGUGGUGCUAUAUCACAUUGUAUUGUAAAGUAACAAAUCUUAUAUUAUAUAAAAGUAAUAUAUAUAAUAUAUAUAUAUAUAUAUAUAUAUAUAUAGUAAUAUAUAUAUUAUAUUAAAGUAACAUAGUGUAACUUUAUGUAAGUAACAAUUUGUGAUUUAUCCUUCUCUUCAGUAUUAAAGUCUUUAACUUCCACCCUGACUCCACAGUUAUAAUUUUACACAUAAAGGAUAUUCAGCCCUAAUUCUCUUUAUCACCGCUGUCUAAUUGAGUAUCUGGAAAACAUGGACCGACUUUCUGUUCUUCUAGAUGCGAACGUUGUUUCUCGUUGUCCUGUGUGCUGCUCUGUGCUACGCCAGCUCAGAUGACAACCAGCCGGACGUAGAGACUCUCAUGAGUAAUGGUUGGUAGCUCCACUUUGUCUUUCUAAAUGUUCGUCUGCUGUGCCUUUGGAUUUAUCACUCUACAUUAUAUCAAGUUGGUUAUUUUUUAUCUCUAUGCUUGUUUGUGUGUUUUUCCUUUACUAUUAUAGUUCUGGUCCUAAGGGUGCCCCACGGUAAAGGCAGCAGGGUGUAUGUUAAUCUGACCUGUGGAGAAGCUUACCAAAACCAGCCUGUGUUUUGGAAGAAAAACGGUAACACGAUUGCGACUGAUACUCUAGAGGGUUUCCGUCAUUCAGAUGUAAAUUUCCCUCGAAGUUUUGAUUAAAUUUUAAGUCAGACUUUCCUUCAACAUGUUCUUUUCUAAGGCGAGGCACUUAAACCAGCUCUGCAAGGGAACCAAGUCAGAGUUCUGGUGGUGGAGAUGAUCGCAGGAAACUACACCUGUCACCACAGCCCAGAUGGACAAUACCUCAACCACACUAUGAUCCUGGUCCAACUAGACCCGGACAACAGGACUGUCAUACUGCAGGAAAAAUCCCCUAAGGAAGGUAAAAAAAAAAGAGGAAAGAACAAUGAGGGUCUGCAGUGAGAGCAGGCAGAGACAAAGUAAAGUGGUGUUUUCAGACCUGGUGGGAGGUGUAAGAGGCACAGGGUGGAUGUCAGCAAACAGCUGAGAUAAGAAAAAUGGUCUGAGAAGAAGAUUAGAUUAGAAAAAAUAGACCGAGUUUGUAGAGAGUGUGGCUCGGAAGCAGAAACACUUAAGAUAAGAUGAAUGACAUGGUGUGUGAAAAAGGAAAUUGGAUGAAAAAAUGUCAGAGUUAGGAGAGUAACGCCGACAGAAAAGAUUAAAGAGGGAGAAACAAAAGAAAAACAUGACAAUUACUGAAGAGGAAUCAAAAGGAAGAGUAAAAAUGAUUCAAAUGGAAAGAAAACGACAAGUUUGUCCAAAUAAUUCUCACUUUUUAAUUAUUAGAUAGUCUUUUUCUUCUUCAGCAGGUUGAAACUCAAAAUCUUUGGCGCAAUUAAAUCUCAAAAAAUAAAAAUGUUUUGGAUUUUACCUCCAUUUUCCGGACAUUUUAAGUGCACAGCCAAGAGAAGGUAGUCCAAACGAAAACAGGGAGGUGUAAGAGCUCAAAGUGCCAAAAUAAAGGGAGACACCGUGUCUUUUUGUUCCUUCAGGUCACAUCCAGUGUUCAGCACCAAAUUAUAAAGGCUCCUUCCACUGCUCCUGGACCAGAACACCUGACAGAUCCAACGCUGCUGUGCUCAUGGUGAAGGCCGAGCGGUGAGGACUCAGACUCAUGUUAAAAUCCUCCGACUAGACAGUGAGUUAUCGUUUAUAAAACAUUUGUUUGAGUUGUUUUUUUCUUUUUCUCCUCAGUUAUCUGGAGAAGAUACCCUGUGUGCUGGAUGCUGAUGGAUCAGGGGUCCACUGCCAGGACACAAACUGUCAACACAACGAAGAACAGAACAGCAUCUCCAUCACCGUCUACAUGUACAGCUACUCUCGCCUGGAGGCCUACACAAAGACUUUCUACUUGAGAGAUAUCGGUGAGUGGCUGACUUUAAAGCUCCUGUGAAAAUUUUUUCCUUUGUGACUUUGGCGCCCCCCUGUGGACAAAUAUCUGUUAGCUGUUUUUGUCUUGUACAUGUGUAAGUUUGUGGUGUUUUCACCCCAAAACAUCCUGUUGUUUCAGGUAUAAUACACAACUGUCAAUGGAGUUUGUCAGUGACCCUAAUUUAUUUGGAAAAUGUUCAAAGAGUUAUACUGCGUUCAAGUUUCCUCGGAAGUCAGAUGUCGGAACUGGGAAUGAUGUCACACCCGAGUUUUAGUUCAAAGUCGGAAAAAAAAGCAAAAUCGGAGGUGGAAACAAGAUGGCUACAUCUACGAAAGUUAUUUUAGCACUUGCAUUGUCUGAAUAUUAGGCAAGCGCUAAAAUAACUUUCAUAGAUUUAGCCAUCUUGUUUCAGGCCUUUUCCGACUUGGUAACUAAAACGCUGGGAUCUCGGGUGUGUCGUCAUUCCCAGCUCCGACAUCUGACUUAUGAGUUAACUCGAAUGCAGCAUUACAACUGAGUUGAUGGCGUUCCAGUUAACAAGUCGGAAAAUCAAGAUAGACGCCUACAGUUAGCCGUUGUUUACAAUUGUCAGCUGUCGUUAGUUGUUGUUAGCUAUACCAGUUGUGAACAACGCAAAACACAGUAUUUUACUCUUACAAACACCAUAGCACCGUGUUCACAGUUAGACGUUGGGCUGUACAACAUAAACCGCUUAUUUAAUUUUGCAAAAACAAAACAGAAGUGCUGAUAAAUAAAACAUUACGAGAGGUUUCACUGUUACUCUUUACUGUUGAUGCACUGCGCUGCCAUCUUGGAUUAUGACGUUGUCGUCAAGUCGGGGUUAGCGAGGAUCAUCCGACUUUCUGAGUGAGUAAACGGACCUCAGAGGGGCGCCCAGAUGAAUGUCCGACUCAGAGCUCGGAAAUUCCGACUUCUGAGUACAACUGGAACGCAGCAUAACACCCCUGUAUUUUUCGCUUACUCAGUUCGUAUUUGUCCUGGGUUCUGGAAAGCACUUAAACACUAUUUUUUUAACCAGUAACGAUGCUUACGAUUACUGUGUGAUUGUAAUCUCCUGAAAUGUGCACUAUGAUAUGACCACGACCGCUGUACCCUUUCCUCUUACUGUUAUAUGCUGUUCAUUCUAUGUGUAUUUUAUGUACUGCAGCAAAUGUAGCUCUAACUUUCUGAGACAAAUUUCCCUCAAGGGACGAUAAAGUCAAUCUUGAUCUUGAUAAAUAGUAAUACUAAUAACAAUCAAUACUUUUGCCGCACUCUUCUCUCGUCCUGUUCAGUGAGGCCUGCUAAACUCCCAAACCUACGCAUCAGUGACGGGAGGUUGUUCAGCUGGAGCUACCCCGAGUCCUGGGAGAAGCCCUGCUCAUACUUCCGCCUGCAGUUCCAGGUCAAGGUGGUCCGCAAUGGACAGAGCUGCACCGAUGAGCACCCCAUACUGGUGAGUAAUACAUGCACGGUUUUAAGUCACACUCUGCGACUGCAAUGAUGCAUUUCUCUGCUGUUAUGUGAAUCUAAUCCUUUCGUAUCUAUUUUUCUUUCUCUCUGGCAGCAAAACACCACUGAGCAUGCUCAGUAUGAGGUCAACCUCAAAACCAGGAGGUAUGUUUUCUGCGUGCGAGCUCAGGACAAAUUCACCAGCGGGCCGUUCAGUCACUGGAGCAACUGCACGUAAGUUUGUCAAGUAGUUGAUUUCUUCCACUUUUUAGAAUAAAUUCAAGAAAUAUUCCCGACAUUUAUACGAUUUAUGUUUUCUCUUCCAUCUCCAGGGUGAAUCAAGCUAAAGUGGAAUGCUAGACUGCAGCCGUACUGAGAGGAGAGAGGAGAGAGGAGACUUCUGUGGUCCUGCUUUUUAUUUUUACCCGUUUUAAGCAAAGCUGGGCUUUGGCAUUGUACAGUAUUUAUUGACAACUUGAUGAGGUUGUUUUAUUGGAGCUGAUGUAAAGCUAUAAAGUGAUUAUUGGUAUAUGAUAGAAAUGAAUAACAUAAUAAAUCAUCAUGCACUGCAAUUGUUGCCUUUCUCAUGUUUAAAAUACUACAAGUAUAAACGUUAUUGUAAUGAUGUAUUAAUAAUUAGACUUCUUACUCCAGGCUAGUUAGGUACAAAAAGGUUUAUUGUUAUAUUUACAGCCAGGAUAUCAGGUAUGUGAUGAGGAAAACACUAAAAGGCAGAUCUCAAGAGAUCAUCCCAAAAAAAACAAAACAAAACAAAAAAACAUUAAUUAAUGUCAAAGAGAACGGUAAACCUGACAAAGUCUGAAAAAUCACAUCCCUGAUGUUUUCAAGAGCUUCAGGUAUGACACCACCCCGUAUCAUCUCCACUUCUUUAUCCAUAACUUAAAAAUAAACACUGACAAUAAGUGUAGAGACACAAAUCUCAUUACAGUACCUAACAGAAAAAUGUAAUAGCUUGCACAUUUUGUGUGGUCAGUUUUUUUUUUGUUUGCAGCAUCUCAUUUUUACUUAGUUUGUCAUUUCUGUAACCAAAAUACUAAAUAAAAGCUAAAAAAAAACACCAA